AUGGCUAAGGGAUUCUUCAUUGUUAAAUUUUUGACGAUGGAAGCAAAAAAGAAAGCUAAGGGAAGUUCUUUUCUCCAAUUGUCAAUCGGCCACGUACGCUUCCGUGAAUGGACUAGGUAUUUCGAUCCGUAUAAAGAAGUGUCGUCUCUGGCUCAGGUCUGGGUCCGGAUAUACUAUCUCCCUGUGGAGUUAUGGACUCCGGUGAUUAUUGCUGGUAUAGGUCGUGUUCUUGGUCAUCCGCUGCGAAUCGAUAACGCCUCCGCAACUGGUCAUGUGAGACAUUUUGCGCGGGUUUUGAUGGAACUUGACAUGGCUUUGCCUAUUCUCAAUUCAAUAUACAUUGAUGACGGCGAUAGAUCGUUUUACAUUGAGUUUGGUUUUGAAUCUAUGCCCCUUUUUUGCUCGCGUUGUAAAUUUACCGGUCAUUCAACGGAUAAAUGCCGGAGAGCGGAUAGGGCCACGAGCAGGCAAAAGAUCAUUGAGGAGCCUCCUGCUCUGGUUGUGAAGAAUCUUGCUAAGGGAGAGGGUCCGACUCCUGCAUGGCAGCCCAAAGUUGAUAUUGCUAAACCUCUGUCAGGUCCUGAUCUUCUAGAAACGGCUACAGUGCCGAAAGUGGAGGAGACUAUUAUUGCGGACUCCAAUUAUGAAGCAGAUGUGGCUUUAAAUGAGGGAGAAAAUGAUGGGUCGCCUCACACGGACAAUAAUUUGGCUAGUGAUAAGGAGGGCUCGAAUGUGGAGGGAACUUUGGAGUUGGAGGAUCAGGAUAGCUCGAGCGUGAGAAGCAUUGGCGAUAAGGUUUUGCCGAAGAUGAGGGCAACAACGAACUUUCCUGGGCAGGUUCUUCGAGCAAAAUACCUUCCUCCGGGAACGAAUAGUGGAGUUGUGGUAUACCAGCAAUCGGUAGUUGGGGCAGAAGGUUCAACGAGCCAGCGGGUUAAUUCUCCGAUUAAGGAAGUUGAUUUUGAUAAGCAGUCCAAUCCUACUCCGGAUGAGAUGGCGAGUCGUAUAAUUAGGUUAGAGGAGCAGAUUGAACGCUGGCACAAAUUGGGGAAACACGUAGGGAUUCAAUCUGACGGCGUUGCGGCGACUCUCCAACGUGAAGAGCACCGACGGGAAGACAACUCUGCUCAAUUUUGUCGUGAAGCAGGUGGUCCAGCCGAAGGGGAUCUGGUGUUAUCGGAAUGA